CAUGUCGCUCUGCCGCAAGUCCAACCCAUUCACAUGUUGGUCUGGAUUUCCCAUCCCAAUCUGGGCGGGUGAUGUCACCGACCAGACUCUGCCAAUCGAGGAGGGGGGCGGCAAUUCAAGGCAGUGCUCCCAUUCUCAGCAAACCUCCUCCGGCGCACAUCUGUACAGCAUCGUUGUGGAUGAUGGCCACAUCCGACCGAACGGGGUAGCUCUCGCUGGCGGCUUGUUGCGCUCCUUGCUCUCGUAACCAACGGCCCGCCAUGUUUCAGGACAUCGACAUCACGACAAGCGUGAUCGUCCAGUACGUGGCCCUGGGCAUAGCCGGGGUCAACCAUAUAUACAACAUGUACUUCAUCGCGCUACGAGUUACCGCGGCGGCCGGCCGGACGGUAUUCAACUGGGCCAUCCUCUUUGUCGUUUGGGUGACCCAAACGCUCUUCAUUGUGCUCGAGAGCUACAACGUCGAAUCGCAAAUGCAAUCCCUCAACGGCGACUCGGAUCCGGACCUGACACAAAAAAUCAACAACAUCUCGCGCAUCUACAACGCAAUGCUGGGCAUCUCGGUUGGCGUUUCUACCUUUGUGAUUCACUCAAGGCUGCGAAACAUCAGACACAUUCUGGGAUAUGCAACGAUACUGGAUUACAUCUUCUACGUUGUCUGGGCAGCGGUUCUCGUUGCCUUUAUGGCCUCGACACAAUUCCCGUUACUGUAUUCGUGGCGACCAGCGUUCCAGGCUUUGCUGUCGCUCAUCUACGCUGGAUCAGUCUUUGCCCUCACAUUCGGUAUCCUGGUUCGCCUCGAUAAGCUGCUGGCAGCCUUGAGUCCGCCAAAACUCAUUGGCGAGCUGCCCUUCAACGACGAUGUCAAGCCUCAACAGACCGAGAGCAAGUGCGAUAGCCAAUACCUGACCAAGGCCGAAAUCUCGCUCCUUGCCCAUCGCUUGCUCUACGCCCAAAUUGUUCUUUGGGUUGUCUUUACAGCCAUCUUUAUCAGCAGCCUGGCAGUCAUCAAAAUCUAUGUGAAUCUAGGCAUGGCUCUUCAGCGAUCAGCAAUUCUCUCUGUACUUGCGCUCGAAACAAUGGUGUUGCUGCUGGUAUACAAGGUUCUACCCAGGAAAGUGAAUAUGGUCUGAAGUUCCUGUCCGAGGUCAGCGCCGCACUCCGAGUGCGAGCGAUUUGAUAAUAUAUCCGAACGGCGACUCAUCCCCCUUUCG